AGGUGGGUUCGUGUUUUUUUCACCGAGUGGGAGGAUUCAGGAUGUCAGCCAAGAUGUGACAGAAGCGAUGGGACGCUGAGAGAGUAAAGCAACGAUUACUGCACGACGGGAAGAGAAAAGUUAACCUAGCGCGAAGGAAAGAAAUCACGACAAAUGGCGACGCAGUAUUCUGACCUGGAGAAGGCCAUAAACACUUUGGUCACAAACUUCCAUGCUGCUUCCCCUGACAAACAGCCGACACUGAAGAUAGAUGAAUUUAAAAAUCUCCUGUCUUCCCAGAUGCCAACCUUAGUCAAGUCUGAUAAUUUUGGAGAAGUGCUGAAGCAGAUGGGUGUGAAAGAUGGCGAAGGCGUCAGCUUCAAAAACUUCUGGAGCCUGAUUCAGAAUUUGGCCACCACCCAGCAUGGUCUUCUCAGCAACGAGAAGUUGUCCAAAUGCACCUGCCUAUUACUAUGAGCUGCUGGCUUUAACCUCAGCUGCCACUAAGACCUGGUCUCUCUGCAUCUCUGCUUUACACAAAACCACUCAUCUCUCAACAAAACACUAACCAUUCCAAUUACAUUGUAGCCAUAUAUACACUUUGUAUAUCAUGUCUGUACAUGAGCCAUUACAGCAAGCAUCUCUCUUCCAUCUGUGUCAUUUUUGUAUCAAGAAAAUCUUAAUGUACAGACACGUUAACUGGAAUGGAAUUUGUUUCCCACACAAGUACAUUGAACAUGAUUAGAGUGUUUUGUACUUUGUAUCGCUGUGUAAAGAUUAUACGAUCAAUGUUAUUUUCUAUGUUAUGACACUUGUGAUGUAGUUGCCAAAGCAUGCCAUAGUAGUCCAAAGCAUGUGUCUCAAAAAACAGAUAUGAAUUGAUUGGUUGUGGAGGAAAAAAUAAACAGCAAAACAUUUAUUUAUAUUUUGUAUUUGUAGUUUUUGGCCAAAAAAAAAAAUUAACACCUUGAAUAAUUGUGUAAUAAAAUUCACAUUAAAAUUUA